UGUUUGUGAAGUUGGGGAGUAGUGAACAUCUGAACUCAACAUUAAAGUCUUGAUCUUUUCACAUUACAUAUGACGAGCUCUUGUUGAGUGAUUGUGUUUGCUUAUUCUUUUCUUUUUAGCUUUUUCUUUCUCUAAAGAGGAGGGAUUAAAGCUAAGAAGAGGAAGAAACAAAAUGAUGCAGGUUGUGAUCAUUGCAGUUGCUGCAACAGUUGGGAAUCUACUGAUUGGAUGGGAUAGUUCAACCAUUGCAGGGGGCAUGACCUACAUCAAGCAAGAGUUCAACUUGGAAUCUGAUCCCACACUUGAAGGGCUAAUAGUAUCUAUGUCCUUCAUAAGUGGCACCAUCAUGACCAUAUUUGCUGGCACGGUCUCUGAUUUGCUUGGCAGACGCCCUAUGCUGAUAGUUUCAUCCAUUAUGUUCUUCCUCAGUGGUUUGGUGAUUCUCUGGGCUCCUAAUGUUACUGUUAUUCUGCUCUCAAGGAUUUUAGAUGGGGUUGCUAUUUCGCUUGCCGUGACUCUUACUCCUCUUUACAUAUCGGAGGUAGCCCCUGCCGAUAUCAGAGGCCAAUUGAACACUGUCACACAGUUUUCGUGUUCCGCUGGAAUGUUUCUGGCUUACAUCUUGGUUUUCUUGAUGUCCCUGCUGUCUUCUCCUAGUUGGAGAACCAUGCUUGGGGUUAUAUCUAUUCCUUCUGUUGGCUAUUUCUUGCUUGCCAUGUUUUUCCUACCUGAGUCCCCUAGGUGGCUUGUUAGCAAAGGUCGAGUCCCCGAGGCUGAAAAAGUUCUGCGAAGACUUCGCGGGGUUGAAGACGUUUCAGGGGAGUUGGCUCUGCUCGCGGAGGGUCUUAGUCCUGGUGGCGAAGCCACUUCAUUGGAAGAGUACAUAGUUGCCCCAGCCAGUGAGGCUCUUGUUCACCAGGAAGCAGGGAAAGAUUAUAUAAAGCUAUAUGGACCAAAUGAGGGAGUGUCAUUGGUUGCUCACCCAGUAAAUGGACAGGGUAGCUUGAUAUCGCGCAGUAUGUUGUCGCAGCAAGGAAGCUUUGUGUCUCAGGCUGCUGGCAGUCUUAAAGAUCCUAUUGUCAAUCUCUUUGGGAGUUUGCAUGAGAACACUCUCCCUGAGGGUGGAGGUUCGCGCAGCAUGCUAAUCCAUAAUGCAAACAGCAUCUUUGGAGAUUCCAGCCCCUUUGGUACUGGCGACAAUCUGCAUGCUCCACUAAUGUCAUUUCAAGGUGAUGCUGGGGAGAGAUCAAAGGACAACUUGGGUUUCAGGAGCACUAGCAGCCUGAGAAGCAGUUUCGCUCAUGGGAAUGCUGUGGAGACACCUAGAAAUACAAACAUCGGUGGAGGUUGGCAAUUGGUUUAUAAACCAGCUGAUGAUGGAAAAGGAGUGCAAAGGGUUUAUUUGCAUGCAGAUCCUGCUGCACCGUCUCAAGAACAGCAUGUUUCAUUUGUUUCAGCUUCUGGGUAUGACAUUCCUGUAGAUGUCGAAACUUAUCAGGCUGCUGCUCUAGUCAGCCAGUCUGUUCUAGGUACUCAUGAUAUGUUGAGUAUGCCAGAAGUGGCUAAAAAAGGUCCAAAGUGGAGAAGUCUGCUAGAACCAGGUGUCAAGCGAGCAUUGAUUGUCGGAAUAGGGCUUCAAAUUCUUCAACAGGCUGCUGGUAUAAAUGGAUUUCUAUACUAUGCUCCCCAAAUUCUUGAACAAGCUGGGGUAGGAGCUCUUCUAUCGAAUUUGGGCAUCAGUUCUACAUCUUCUUCAUUACUUGUAAAUGUCAUUACCACAUUCUGUAUGCUGCCUUGUAUAGGUCUUUCCAUCAAGCUCAUGGAUAUUGCUGGCCGGAGGUCAAUAAUGUUGUACACAAUCCCUGUUCUGAUAGUUUGUCUCGUGAUACUAGUAGUCCGGGAAUCGUUUCAGAUGGGUUCUGUCCUCAAUGCAGCAAUCACUGCUGUUAGUGUUGUGGUCUAUGAAAGCUGCUUCUGCAUGGGCUUUGGUGUUAUUCCCAACAUAAUAUGCGCCGAAAUCUUCCCAACCAGUGUUCGCGGAAUCUGCAUUUCUAUGACUUCACUCACAUACUGGGUUUGUACCUUGAUUGUCACUUCUACAUUUCCCUAUUUGCUCCAAAUCCUCGGCCUCACUGGCGUCUUCGGAUUAUUCGUUGCCGGCUGCAUCAUUUCAUGGAUAUUUGUAUACUUGAAAGUUCCUGAAACAAAGGGCAUGCCUUUGGAAGUCAUUAUUGAGUUCUUUGCAAUUGGUGCAAAGCCUGGUACUGAUCCUGCUACAAUUGGAACAAAAGGUUGAUAAUGAAGAUCAUCAUCAUAAUUAUUAAGAAGAAAAUGCAUUGUUCAUAUAUGAAUUUGGAAGCUUGGUAAAGUUAGUUGAUGAGUGAACAUUUUGGCGUCCGUACACAUAUCAGCAGCAGGUUUCCUUUUGUGGGUUUAGGAUAAAUACGAGUAUUAAUCUACAAAUUAUGCUUAUAGUUUAUAAUGGUCCUUAUAUUAGUUUAUCCUUGUUCAUUCUUUGGCGUUUCAUUUUUACCCCUAAAUGAAUGGUAAGAGAUUGCGUGUUAUUAAAGGAUUAA